AUGAAUGCGAAUUCGCGUUCUUCAAUUUAUCGUCUCGCCGCGCUAUUGUUCUGCCUUGUGGCGCAUGCGCAAGCCGCCUACAAAUUACAGGAACGUUACAGCUGGACACAAUUGGACUUCGCCUUUCCUAAUCCUGGCUUGAAGCAGCAAGCGCUCGCUAGCGGUGAUUAUGUACCACAGAAUGCGCUGCCUGUCGGCGUUGAGCAUUGGGGCAAUCGGCUGUUCGUGACGGUGCCACGUUGGCGUGACGGCAUUCCUGCCACGUUGACUUACAUCAAUAUGGAUCACAGUUUAACUGGCUCACCGGAGCUGAUUCCAUACCCCGACUGGCGCAGCAAUACGGCAGGCGACUGCGCGAACAGCAUCACCACAGCGUAUCGCAUCAAAGCGGAUGAAUGUGGCCGUCUUUGGGUGCUUGACACUGGCACAGUUGGCAUCGGCAACACCACCACCAACCCAUGUCCGUAUGCCGUCAAUGUCUUCGACUUGCAGACGAACACACGCAUACGCCGCUAUGAGCUGCGUGCCGACGACACUAAUGCCAACACUUUUAUUGCUAACAUAGCCGUUGAUAUCGGCAAAUCAUGCGACGAUGCAUUCGCAUACUUUUCUGAUGAGCUCGGUUAUGGCUUGAUCGUCUACUCAUGGGAACAGAAUAAAUCAUGGCGCUUCUCGGCGCACUCAUACUUCUUCCCCGAUCCAUUGCGCGGUGACUAUAACAUCGCAGGCUUGAAUUUCCAAUGGGGUGAGGAGGGCAUCUUCGGCAUGGCGCUCUCACCGAUACGCUCCGAUGGCUAUCGCACAAUGUUCUUCAGUCCACUGGCCAGUCAUCGUCAGUUCGCUGUGUCGACACGCAUUUUGCGCGAUGAAAGUCGUGUUGAGGAUAGUUAUCAUGAUUUCGUAGCGCUGGAUGCUGGUCCCAACUCGCAUACGACAGCGCGCGUGAUGAGCGAUGAUGGUGUUGAACUCUUUGAUUUAAUUGAUCAGAACGCCGUAGGCUGCUGGCAUUCAUCCAUGCCAUACUCACCACAGUUCCAUGGAGUGGUGGAUCGUGAUGAUGUCGGUCUGGUGUUUCCCGCUGAUGUGAAAAUCGAUGAGGAUAAAAAUGUGUGGGUGCUCUCCGAUCGUAUGCCUGUAUUCUUGCUCUCCGAUCUUGACUACAAUGAUGUCAAUUUCCGCAUUUAUACCGCACCUUUGAGCACACUCAUUGAGAACACUGUCUGCGAUAUACGCACUAAUGGCCACGCUCAAUCGAACUCGGUCGGCAGCACCAGUUUUUAUGGCACCCCUAUGAGUACAAACAAUAUUUAUGGUUCACCUUUUGGAAUUGGUGAUAACAAAGUUUACGGCCCACCCAAUACCGUGGCUGUGCCAAAAUCUCAGACACGCUUCACUAAGCCAUACCUGCCGCCAUUGUCCGUCAAGCCUGUAUUGCAAGCGGAUGUACCGCGUGUGGUGCCGCCAAGCCGAAACUAUCUACCACCAUUGAUGGGCACUGGCUAUACAACGCAGCGCGCUGAUUUAGCCAAGGCGUACGUCUUCAAUAAUGGACUGUCUUAUGAGGCUGGUGGACCACAUUUGUUCCCUACGCAAGCGGAGGGUUUGAAGAACUAUGUAACUGCACGUAAUGCGGGCUGGUGGACGCAUCAAUGAUUGCAGUUUCUGUAGACUUUUCACUUAUCAUCCGAUUUCGAGCCACCUGCGUAAAUACUACAUUGAUCAUCAU